CUUCAUCUUCUGACACACAUCGACGUUUUCUUCCUCUGAAAAGUUUGCCCAGAACACGAUCGAAUUCCUCGAAGCAUAUUCCUCUUUACCAAAGCUUUAGCACCCUCGCAAUGUCAUUAUCACUCCCGUUUAAACGAGAGAGCCAGGACCCGGAGAUUAGGCCCCUGAGGUCAGUUACUGCGUCGUCUAAUAAUCAUACGUUACUAACCAGUACAUCAAGUAAGAAGAGGAUUAACAUGGCAUCGUCGACGCGUUCUAGUCAACCACCCGCGCUACCGGGAUUGGUUCGAGCAAUUAACGCCCCUGAGGCACCCUUUUCCUCCGACAGGAGAGGUAUUAAUUUGCAUCCAUCGGCAGCCUGGCACACGCGCGGCUCGGAUGCGACGUACUCUGCGCGAGCGGAUGAUAUCAUCUGCAGAGAUCCCUCGCAGUGCCCCUAUGGUCCCGAGGCGGGUCUCCAUUCUUUCCUCAGGCACGGUCAUCCCCACAGCAAGAAGAAGGUCAAAUGUGCAGACAAGACUGUAGAGCUGUUGCGGGUUACGAAGCGAUCUUCGGGUGAACCGGAGGGCGAGGUCGAGGAUCAGACGCGCCCCGACUCUACUUCUAAGCGGCGUGAACCGGUCGUAGUUUGGAUGAAUGGGGAUACAGGAAUGAAGAUGGAGUCUCCCAAGGAAGCAGUGAGGGUCGUCGAAUCGUACUGUAGGACCAAAUUCGAGGAGGGAGAGGCAGGCUCCCAAGUCACUUUUGGCCCUUAUCAUCGGUCUCUUCUUGAGACCAUGAUACAGGACAUUCCCGUUGCGCCAGAGUCGGCCCAGAAGGUCGCCUCUGGUACUCGAGCGAAGCAUGGUCCGCCGCCUCCUCUUCAUCAGGAGAAGCAUAUGCCGGCACCUUGUCUCGCGGGCGGCGGCCGGACUCCCCCGCGCAACCCGGUUACCGAGCAGACCGAAGCAGAGAAGCGUAAGGUAUUGGGGGAGGUGAUGUUUCAGAUGGCAAAUCACGCGUACUAUCGCGAGAAGGAAUCUAAUCCGAAACAGCCAGUAGUAGAUAUGCAGCGCGAGGGAGUUGCCUCUGCGUUGAACAGUCAAGAGCAUUUCCGACAGGCCGCUGAGACUGCGCGCAAGCGGCUACAGGAGCAGAAGCUCCGCGCGAAGAAGGCGCAAGAAGAAGAGGAGUUGAAGAAAGAGGCGCUGAGACGGAAAGAGUUCCAGCGACAGGAGUUUGAACAGCAGAAUCAGCAGCAGCAGCGAGAGUACCAGCUGAAGCACGACGAAGCGCGCACGCGCAAGCGGACUCAAAUGGAAGAGCGCAUCACCAGGCACCUAGAGCGAGAGGCCCAGAUGAAGCAGCAAGAGUACGAGCUCGAGCAGAAGCAGAGGCAGGAGGACUUUUCCAAACAGAGACCGCUAGAGAAGCAUCAGCUCGAGAUGAAGCAGCGUCAGGAAUUCCAGCUCAAGCAGAAGCAGCAGCAAAAAGAGUACGAGCUCCAGGAGAAGCAACAGCAGCAAGACUACGUCGGGCUGAUGUUGAAGAAGCAGCAAGAAUGCAAUCUCGAGAUAGAGAAGCUGCAAGAUGAGGAGAGGCAGAAGCUGCAGCAGAAGCAGGCAGAGCUGCAGCGUCAGGAAGAGCAAGCCAAGCAGAGACAGCGAGAGGAGUAUCAGCUCCAACAAAAGCAGCAGCAGCAGCAGCAGCAGCAAGACCUCGAGCGCAGGAAGAAAGCAUCACAAGAACUUAGGCUCAAGCAGCAGCAGCGACACGAAGCUCUGCUCAAGAGCAAGCAGGAGCUCGAAGCGCUGCAGAGUGGAGUCAGACAGCGUGAGGCCGAGCUCAUGCAGAAGCAGCGACAAGAGUACGAGUUCAAGGAGAGGCAGAAACGAGAGGAGCAGAAGCGGGUGCAGCUGAAGCGGCAGGCAGAGUACGAAGCCAAGAAGCAGCAGAUCGAGGCUUCUGAUGUCUCCUCUAAGCCUGUUUACAACCCUGAGCAGGGGUAUGCCGACAUGAUUGAGAUGAUCAAGAACUGGCAGCUUUCGGCGACGAAGGGGAUCCAUUCCAUCUCGGAAGAGUUGGGCCGAAUCUCUGCUACCGCGGCCAAGGCGGAGGAGCAGAUCGAGCGGGACGCCGUCUCUGCGGAGGUUCGUCCCGAGCCCGAGGCUGUGGCCAAGGCGGCUGAGGCUUCAAAGGCGCCAGAGGUUGAGGCCGAUCGUGAGAUUCCUCCCUUCUCGUUGGGUUAUCCUCUCUCCCCUGUCAUUGACCCCCACAAUCGGUCCCGUCCCGGUGCGAACCCGAGUCAAGGGAUGAUGUAUAGACUCGUCAAGAAAGAGGACGAUGUCCAGACCUUUGAAUUUGUCAGCCACGAGGAUGCCCAAGAUCCCGUGGAAGAGUUCAUCAUCGCGGAGCCUAUGAACUGCUGCGAGAAUGGCAAGAAUUGCGAGAAUUGCGACUGCCAGAAGUCUCCGCAGGCUGGCAUUGCUAGAGCAUUGCCUUUGGAGUUCUUUGAUGAUGAUUUCCUCCUUAUUUGAUGCGCUUCAGAGGUUGAGUUACGAAUAAAGGUAUGGCGUUUAGGGGUUCAUAAGUUUCCUACCCCGGCCGACGGGCAGUUCCGGGAAUACAGUCUCCAGGGCAGAUAUACGGUGCCCAGUUUUCAAGAUCGUAAUUCUAUAGUUUUCUGACCCGUCAAUCUACCGGCUUUAGUGAUUCUGACCGCGUUGUUAUAGAGACGUGAGUGAAUUGAGGCUGCCGUUCUCAUUCUGCCGACAGGUACCGUCUGAUAGGUAUCAUGUGCACAGGGGUUUGGCGGCAGGAUAUGGACAUGGAAUAUGGAAUCUUUGUUUUGCCAUGGAUAGUGUUAUUGUAUUGUUUUUCGAGGGUUUAUCAGUUUCUACGUGUUUUUGCUAGCAUGAUAUGCGAUGUUGG